AUGGCGUCCAGUCUGACGUGCACAGGGGCGGUGUGGGCGCUGCUGUCCCUGAUGUGCGCCGCCGCGUCCUGCGUGGGCUUCUUCAUGCCAUACUGGCUGCUGGGAUCUCAGAUGGACAAGCCGGUGUCUUUCGGGACCUUCCGUCGAUGCUCAUACCCGGUGCGCGACGAGGAGCGCCAGGCCACCGUCAUGCUGGAGCAGUGCGGUCGCUACGCUUCUUUCCAUGCCAUCCCUAGCCUGGAGUGGCGCAUCUGCACGGUGGUGACGGGCGUAGGCUGCGGCCUCCUCCUCUUGGUGGCGCUCACCGCUCUCAUGGGCUGCUGCAUCUCCGAGCUCAUCUCGCGUACCAUCGGUCGCGUGGCCGGGGGCAUCCAGUUCGUCGGAGGUUUGCUCAUCGGAUCGGGCUGCGCUCUUUACCCGCUGGGUUGGGACAGUGAGGAAGUGCAGCAGACGUGCAGCAACGCCUCCGACCAGUUUCAACUCGGUUCCUGUGAGAUUGGCUGGGCCUACUACUGCACAGGCGCCGGGGCGGCGGGCGCCAUGUUGCUUUGCACCUGGUUGUCAUGUUUCGCCGGCAAGAAGCAGAAGCAGUACCCGUACUGA